AUGGCCGGCCCAGCGAAGCAGCGCGCGCAGAAGGAGAAGCAGCAGCAGCAGCAGCAGGCUGCUCGCUCUUCUGGCAACUCCUCGGCAUCGCGCGACCCAACGCAGCGUUCGAUCAACAAGUAUGACGGCAACAAGGACCCCCAUGGUCACGGCGCUGGCGUCCUCAACUACACAAAGCCCAAUGAUCUGAAGAACUUGUCCGAGUUCCUCGGCAUGUCCGGCUGGUACACAGCUCGCGGAGUAAGUGCAAACGCCCCUCAUAGAUACGCCUCCUCCUCCCUUUUCCACUUCCGCAUUUUGCACACACAUCCACUCAUUGACAUAUACUCCUACCGCCCUCGCCAUGCGAACAUGGAGUUUAACUCACACGAUCCCCAGCUCUCUAUCCCUGCUGCGCUUCCUCAGCGACCGAAGAACUUCAACUCUUAUGGCAAGGAGACCACGAUCACCCUGAAUACCUUCAACGUCAUCAAGGCGCCCAACACCAUUGUCCACCAGUACGACGUCGCCUACUCUGGAGAUUCCAAAGAUUACACGAAGCGCAAGCUCCUCCAGAAGAUCUGGGGUUCCAAGGCCGUCAAGUCCGAGCUGGGCGAGCCUGCCAACCUUUGGGUGUGGGAUGGUCACAAGCUUGCUUGGUCUGGCAAGCGUCUUCCUCGUGACGACAACCGCAUCACUGUCGACCUCGACGCCGAAGAGGGCAGGGAGACCAAGGCCGGGGCUCGCGGCAACAAGCACACCAUCCACCUUCGCUGGACUCGUCAAGUCCACUUCAGCGGUCUUCAAGCCUUCCUGGACGGCCAGGCCUCCUGGUCCACCGAAUGCAUCGACACGAUCAACUUCCUCGACCAUGUCAUGCGCGAGUACCCAUCUCAGCAAUACACUCAGAUCAAGAAGUCCUUCUUCCAGCGCGGUGAGCAGCGCUUUGAUCUUGGUGGAGGUGUUGAAGCUUUCAAGGGCGUCUUCGCCUCUCUUCGCCCUGUCCUCGACAAUAAGUUCAACAAGUCCUUGUCUGUCAAUGUCGAUGUCGCGAACGGCACCUUCUGGCGCUCCCAAGAGCUCACUCGUGCUGUGAGCCAAGUUUUCAAUUGCAACCCACCCCAGCUCGCCCAGCGCCUCAAGGAAGCCCAGCGUGACUGGAGGAAGUCUAUGCUCCGCAAGGACUUCGGCGCCUUCAGAAAGGUCGGAGUAACUGCCACUCACACGACACCUCACGUGCAGUGGACUAUCGACGAGAUCGUUCCCAAGGAUGCCAAUCAGGCCACAUUCCCUGACCCCGGCGACCGUCGCCCUGGUGUUCUUGAUAAGGACCGAAAACAGAUCUCCGUCGCCCAGUACUUCAAGAAGAAGUACAACAUCAACGUCAUUGCAGGCAUCCCCGUGGUCAAGAUGACCAAGAAGAUCCGUGGCUCGCCCGUCUACAUGCCAAUGGACGUUCUACGCAUUGAUGCUAAUCAGCGUUACAACACAAAGCUGAGCGACAUACAGACUUCGAACAUGAUCAAGUUCGCUGUUACCCUCCCCAAGGAGCGUUGGACUGCAGUUCAGCACGGAGUUCGCCUUCUGAACUGGGCUAACGAUCCUUACCUUAAGCACUACGGGCUUCAGGUCAAUCUCAACCCUUCCAAGGUUAAAGCUCGCAUUCUGCCCUCUCCGAUCGUUCAGUUCGGUGCCGGCUCGAAAGAGGCAACCAUCAAGCCACAGGACAUGAUUGCCGGUCGGUGGCGCCUUGAUGGCCGCAAGUUCGCUAUGACCAACGGCCAGCGUCACCUCCGCGCCUGGGGUGUCUGCGUCAUCCAGCACCCCCGAGCACCCCCACUAGCGGCUGUCGAAUCCUUCGUGCAGAAGUUUGUCCAGAUCUACGAGAGCCACGGUGGGUUUUUCGAUGCGCACCCAAAGCACGGCAAGAAGCCAUGGAUCGGCCAGGGUAACCUUGCUGAUGGGGGUGAACUCGUUGCGAAGGCCUGGAACCAGACCGGAAACCGCUACAAUACGAUGCCCGGUUUCCUGAUGUUCAUUGUCAAUGACCGCAAUGUGGAUGUGUACCGCCGCAUCAAGAAGUCCUGCGACAUCCGCUUCGGUGUUCCAUCCCAAGUUCUUCAGGCCAAGCACGUCAUGUCAGCGUCUCCUCAGUACAUCUCCAACGUCUGCAUGAAGGUCAACGCCAAGUUGGGUGGUGCUACCUCCGUUGCGAAGAGCGGUCUUAUCCCCAAGCUCAACCCCAAGGCCACCUCCACCCCCACCAUGGUCGUCGGUGCUGACGUUUCCCACCCUGCUCCCGGUGCUGGAUCUGAUCAAGCUGCUUCGUUGGCCGCCAUAACUGUCUCGGCCGACCCCUUCUUCGCCAAGUACUGGGCUGAUGUCCAGACCAACGGCAACCGUGUCGAGAUGAUUACCUCUUCCAACAUCCAUGACCACUUCGGCCCCAUGGCCAAGAACUGGAUGCAGCGUCUCGGACAAGGCAAGGCGCCAGCGCGUGUCCUAUAUAUUAGAGACGGCGUAUCAGAGGGUCAAUACGCUGCUGUGCUCGAAGAGGAGGUACGAGACAUGAAAGCCUUCUUCAGCCAGCUCGGUGGCACGAUGCCGAAGUUCACUGUUGUGAUUGCCGGCAAGCGCCACCAUAUUCGCUUCUUCCCCGAUGCCGGCAAGGGUGAUCGCAACGGCAACCCUUUUCCCGGUACUCUCGUGGAGUCGGGCUGCACACACCCAUUCGAAUUCGACUUCUACAUGUGCUCGCACGUCGCCAUCAAGGGUACCGCCCGCCCUAUCCACUACCAGUGCAUCCUCAACGAGGGCGAGUGGCUUGCCGCCGAGCUCCAGCAGUUCAUCUUCGAGCACUCAUACCACUAUGUCCGCUCCACCACCCCAGUUUCCCUACACCCUGCGGUCUAUUAUGCCCACUUGGCUGCCGACCGCGCCCGUGCUCACCUUAACGAUAGCCCUGUCUCUUCCGGCAAGAAGGAGUCGCACGCUGACCGCACUUCUGACACUGGUAGUUCCAGCCGCAACGUCGAGGUUCCUCCCCUUAUGCCUCUGCAGAACGCUCGUGGCCUGAAGGAUGUUAUGUGGUACGUCUAA